UACACUUGUGCCGCGCGGCUUGCUUUUACGGCCCCCUAGAAUACGCCUUAUUGUCCCCUGAGCUAUAUAAGGCGAUUCCAGCCGCUGUAUCGCCGUAGAACGCAGCACGAGCUAACCAGCGAACAUGAGGCUCUUCAUUGUCUUCUCGACUCUCGCAGUAGCGGCCUUUGCACGACCAGGUUACGAUCACCACGACGUCCACUCGUAUCAGCCAUACCAUGGACCACUCGCUCCUCUGGCCCACGACGGUCGCGUCGUCGACACCCCCGAGGUAGCCCACGCCAAAGCCGCUCACUUCCACGCUUACCACGAGGAACUCUCCAAGACAGCUCAUCACGGACCUGCUCUCCCCGAGCACCACGGUGGAUACGAGCUCGCUCACCACGCUCCCGUCGCCCACGUCGACUACCAUCACGCUGAGCCCGUGCACCACUACCACGGACCCCCGGCACCUCUGGCUCACGACGGUCGUGUUGUCGACACGCCCGAGGUCGCCCACGCCAAGGCCGCGCAUUUCCACGCCUACGCCGAGGAGCUCUCCAAGGUCAGCCAUCAUGGCCCAGAUCUAGGCUACCAUCAUUACUGAGCGCCCGGUCACCGCGAGCUUGUAUUUAAGGAUGCGAUUAUAUCAUACACAUACACACCAAUACACAUACCACACCCCGACAGUCUUCAACGAGCGCAAAUUUGCAUCGUAUGUUGAAAUCCGCGCAAUCUCCGAACCGGAGACUAUGCCGCGGUAGAACGAGCCACCGAGCCUAUGUAUGCUUGACAUUCGAUCUACUUUACCGACACUCGUUAAACGCCGUUACCGAUCAUCGUUACUCGACCGUCACACUUGGUGUUAACGGAAGAAAUUCGACGCCUACUGAAGUCACGGUAGGCGCAAUUUUACGACGUUUUGCGGUUCACUAUACUCUGUAAAAUUUAAGUGACACGCUGAUGUGACGCUUCACGGGUAACAGUGUGUGCACGUGACGCGGUUAAUCAAGUGACAUGGGCGCAAUUCACAAAUCUUCUGUUAAACCAAAAAGCCUACAACGAACAAUUGCAACGCGUAACGAACUUAUUGUAAAUGUUGAUGUCAGCAUUCGUAUCAUCGAAAGAUAUUGGUGACGAUGACACUUGUUACUUUUCCUUUUUUUACAAUUUUUUGGAUUCUCUCUUUCUCUCUAAAAUCACUUUGUAUCUACCUCUUUCUAUUGUAACAUAUGCACGGUAACAAGUGUAACGCACAAUACGUAACGGUUCGCAAAAUAAAUAUAUUGCUCAGUGCAGGUAUGAUUAAUGUUUGUAUCUGUGUAUGCUGUUUUGAGUUUGAAUCUAGCAAAACAAAACUUGCAAUCGGAGUAAAUACAGUACAUGCGUUAUGAAUUAUCUCGAAUUGUUACGCGUUUGCUAUUAAGAACAGCGAAAUUUUGUGUGACGAUUUGCCAACUAUACGUUUGGGAGUUGGUAACAAAGUAAUAACGUAGAUGUGACAACGCAAGCUCGAUGUCAUGUUCUAUCGCGACUGCAUAGUGUCACCAAUAGUAUUUUUUAUUCAGUACCGCACACGUAUACCGAAUUACUCACGCAAGUUAUAUCAUACUCCAUUUAAUGUAGAAACGUGUAGUUUUUACUUGCUUUCUGCAAGACGAAAGGCAAUCUUUCGAAUCUCGCCUCAUCAAACUAUAUCGAACGAUGAGCCGAGAGUAAUUUGUGCUUUUGCUUGCUUGAAAGAAGAAUUUCACUUACAUAUUGUAAAGCAGCAUGAAUCUCAUCGUUCUCGCAUUUCGUAAAAACUGUACUCAACUAUAUUAUCGAUGUGUAUCUUACGAAGCAAAUAUAUUUUUUUGAUAGUAAAAAUCAA